AUGUGGAGGUCUGAAGGAAAGUGGGCUGCCCGUAGCCGCGCGGCCAUGGAGCGCUUCUGGGAGGGCACCGGCUUGCUGCACCAGAUGCGCGGGGAGUGGUUCGACGCGGUGAGCUGCUGCGUGACCUUCUCCAGGGGCUCACGGGGCCCCAGGUACGAGGAUACAAUGAGAUUCCGGCACUGCAUCGUACGUCUCAUGAGCCUCUGCCACGGCAGCGCGCUGGAGGAGAUCGGAGGCGAGGAGGCGGACUUUUGCGAGACCAUCGACCGCAUGGGCCUGGACUCUGGCACCCUGGGGCAUCUCAAGGACUGCCAGCAGGUCUACAAGUUCAAUCGGGUCGAGGUCUUGCUGCACAUGAUCCAGUCGCUGAUCACCCAGAACUUGGAGAACGGAGUGCUGAAGGUGCAGCCGCCCAUCCUGUCGCGGGUGUACCAGACGCUGUCCCGGGGCUUCGUGAACCUUCUGAACGCCAAGAAGAUCGCGGACACCCGGCGCGGUCCCGUCGUCCCCGGGGUUGGUUCGCGUUUGGGCACGGAAUUGGGCGCUGGCGCAAACGGGGCGAGCGACUUUUUGGGGAGUUAG